AAUACCGCCCCCCCCCCCCCCCCCUCCGCCUCUCCUCAUCCUCCUCCUCCUCCCUUCUCCCACGUUGUUGCCGUGGGUAUCGGAUUUCUCCACCUGCUGGAGGUCGCUCGAUCGGCAAGAGCAGAGAUGGCGGCGGUGAGGGUGGACAAGGCCACCAACGAGCUGCUGCUGGGCCCCGACUGGACCCUCAACAUCGACAUCUGCGACGCCGUCAACUCCGAUCACGGGCAAGCAAAAGAAGUGAUUAAAGCUCUGAAAAAACGUCUUCAGCACAAGAAUGCGAAUGUUCAAUUUCUUGCUUUGACGCUUUUAGAGACUCUAAUAAAGAACUGUGGGGAUCACGUGCAUGUUCAAGUCAUAGAGCGCAAUAUACUGGAGGAAAUGAUGAAAAUUGUGAAGAAAAAGGCAGAUAUGCAAGUGAGGGACAAAAUUCUAACACUCCUGGAUUCUUGGCAUGAAGCAUUUGGCGGGCCUGGUGGAAAGCACCCUCAUUAUUACUGGGCAUAUGCUGAAUUGAAGCGAUCUGGUGUGGAAUUUCCUAAGCGCUCACCUGAUGCUGCACCGAUAUUUACUCCUCCGGUCACACGUCCAGCAUCUUUGCCAUCAUAUCUUCAAGCAGGGUAUGGAAUGCCAGUCGAUUCUUUGUCAAGGCUUGAUGUGGCAAUGUCAUCUAAUGGAGCUUCUCUGAGCAUGCUAGACUUGGAACAUAUGCUGGGAGCUGUGGAACUAUUAAAUGAGAUGUUGAGAGCUGUGGAUCCCAAUGAUCAGGAUGCUGUCAACGAUGAAAUUAUCGCGGAACUUGUGAACCAAUGUAGGUCGGACCAAAAAAAGAUCUUGAGCUUGGUAAGUUCACUAAGGGAUGAGGAACUCUUGAGCCAAGCCCUUGAUUUAAAUGAUAAAUUACAAAUUCUGCUUGAGAAACAUGAUGCAAUGGUACCAGGAUCUCCCGUAUCAGCCGAAGUAGCAGAUGUGGUGAGUGAAUUGCCAGCAGGAACCACUCCAAACCUAGGUGAAAAGGUUGCUCCUACAACUGCAGUCGCCUCAACCAAUGUUUUGGAUGAUGAGGAAGAAGAUGAAGACGACGAGUUCUCUCAGCUAGCUCGCAGGAACUCAAGAUUCAAAUCCACAAGCAGCGACACCACCUCUUCUAGUUUGGGCACAUCUUUGUCAACGAUCCAUGAGGGAAUACCAGGAUCAGCAGUUUCUGUUCCCUUUACAACUUCUGCAUCAGUUCCAAGCAAUGCAUUGUCUCUGCCUGAUCCACCAGCCCCCGUGAGGACUUCUCCAGAAGACCAGGUUAUGAGUGACCUUCUUGCACUCACCAUAUCCUCAAACUCAUCACCACCUUAUACCCCAGUAACACCUGAACCAGCCUUGAAUCAAGGUGGCUCAACAGCUAGUGACCAUCCACAGCCUUAUCAUGUAAACCAAGGACAUGCUUCUGCACAUUAUGUCGCUCCAUGGGUGCAGCCUCAGCCUCAAACCACAAGCAUUCAGCAACAGACACCAGCCCCGUCUCCUUUGCCCUACAACUCAUUGGCUUAUCCACCGCCACCAUGGGCCUCCCAUGACAGCACCGAGUCGAACCCUUUUGUGGUGGCAUCGUCUCCGCAUCAGCCAAGUUCCUACUCACCUAUUAACGUACCACCAAACUUGAGGCCCCUGCAGCAAUCACAUUCUUUUGCAGUGCCACUUCGAACUGCAAGUUUAGACUCACCAAUAAAUCGGAACAUGAAGCAACCUCUUUCUGCUGGGGCUCGCAGGCCAUCUUAUGUUUCAUCCAACAAGUUCUUCGAUGACUUGUUUGAGAGAAAUUCAGAUGGUAGCCUGAAAGUAGACAGUGGCACGUCCAGUCCAUACAAGGCGUAGUGAUGGCUAUGGAAAAUAAAAUGUAAAGAAUGUCUAUCAUGCUAGAUUGUUUUCUUAUCUUGGCUUUUACUGUUAUCAUCCUGCCCGUAAGAUUGGGGGGUUUCCCCAAUCCAUCUUAGAAUUAUUUGGUUGAUGCUUCUGGCUGGGAACUUGCUAACCUGUUAAUAAAUAAUUUAUGCCAAAGCAAAGCUAUAUGAAAGCAUCAGCAUCAGCCUAUUUGUUGGCCAAA